AUGUACAUCUUCAAUACCUCUGAAAUUUCUACCUUCUUCCUGAUUGGGAUCCCAGGGAUGGAGCAUGCCAACAUUUGGGUCUCCAUCCCCAUUUGCCUCAUGUACCUUGUUGCCAUCCUGGGGAACUGUACCAUCCUAUUUUUCAUAAAAACAGAGACUUCUCUUCAUGAACCCAUGUACUAUUUUCUCUCCAUGUUGGCUAUCUCUGACCUUGGGUUGUCCCUCUCCUCUCUGCCUACCAUGCUAAGGAUAUUGUUAUUCAAUGCUCCAGGAAUUUCUCCAGAUGCCUGUAUUGCCCAAGAGUUUUUUAUUCACGGAUUCUCAGCUAUGGAAUCAUCGGUCCUCCUCAUCAUGUCUUUUGAUCGUUUUAUUGCCAUUUGCAAUCCUCUGAGAUAUACCUCCAUUCUGACCAGUGCCAGAGUCACCAAAAUUGGAUUUGCUUUUUCUCUCAAAAAUGCUUUGUUGGUCCUCCCUUUCCCUUUCACAUUAAAACGUCUAAGGUACUGUAAGAAAAACCUCCUUUCCCAUUCCUACUGCCUGCAUCAGGAUGUCAUGAAGCUGGCCUGCUCUGACAACAAGGUCAAUGUCAUCUAUGGCUUAUUUGUGGCUCUCACAGGCAUCCUAGACAUAGCAUUUAUUUCCAUGUCCUACGUGCUGAUUCUGAAAGCAGUAUUGAGCAUAGCAUCACAGAAGGAAAGGUUCAAGGUCCUCAACACAUGUGUCUCCCAUAUCUGUGCUGUACUCAUCUUCUAUGUUCCCAUUAUCUCCCUAUCUGUCAUCUACAGGUUUGCCAAACACAGUUCCCCAAUUAUUAAGAUUCUCACGGCUGAUGUUUUCCUCCUGGUGCCUCCAUUGAUGAACCCCAUUGUAUACUGUGUGAAGAACCAACAGAUAAGAAAUCUGGUUUUAGGAAAAUUGUGUCAAAAACACAGCUAA